AAACGUGUAAUCAAUAACAAAUAUUCUCAUAAUACGUAUGGGAGGGAGGACAGAUGCGACGAGUUAUAAAACUGUGAGGUUUUCAAGGAAAUUAGAUGACAGAGGGACACUUUAUUGCCUUGAUUGUGUCGCAUAAAAAUCUCCCGAGACGCACAAUACACAUAGACAGCAGUUUUAUAUGGAAAUAUCUACUAAGACAAUGAGGUACAAAGUCAGAUUAAAAUUGGCGGUCCUCGCACUCCUCGUGCACGUGUCCACGUGCAGAAAUAUUCGUAAACUAUUUGGAAAUAAUCUGCACAGGAACCCGCACACGCAUGGCGCCACAGAAAUGUCAGGUGACCCCUCCUUGGAUAUAUCUGCCAUACGUGAUCAGGUCCACGGUGUAAAGAUGGGGGUUCCGCUUACAGCAUGUGAUGACGGGGUGCAUGGUAUAGAAAUGGACUGGAACCCAAACAGUGUCGAAGAAAUCACAUGUUUUGCAAGUGACAUUAUAAAUGAUGGUAUACCAUCUUUGAACAUCACCGACUUUUCCGACGAAAUUCCGAUGCACAUCUGCUUAGAUUCGCCAAUAAAGUAUACAACUGACCUUCCAUUAAGUGGUAGCCAUCGUCCACUGUGGCCAAAGUUCGGAGAAUAUAAAUAUCUCCCUCCUCAAAGAUGGGUUCAUUCUUUAGAGCAUGGAGCUGUAGCUUUAUUAUAUCAUCCUUGUAUGAGGGAGGAGCCGGAACUGGCUGCACUGAAGUCCUUGGUUCGAGACUGUCUAGGAAAACACGUUAUAACACCCUACAGAAAUAUACCAUUACAUAUGCCAUACGCUGUGCUGACCUACAAACACGGUCUUCUGAUUAGUGCAUUUGAACCAAAGUUCGAGGGUGACGUCAACCUCGUCAUAGAAUUCAUCAAGAAAUAUGCACUUGAGGCACCCGAGACGCACGUGCUGAAAGACGGCCAGUAUUCUGCCGGACUCGUGCAAAGCGCAACCAAGUUUUCGGAUCUUAAAGAAACUAAAGAAAAUCUUUGCGCGUUUUUAAAGUGAAUCAUAUUAUAUAAAGAAGCGCAAUACAUUUUGUGAAAUAAAUAAUAUUGAAUUUCAAUAAAAAGACUAUUUUUAAACAUUGAAUAAUCGGUCUAAAUAAACUUAACAAGUGGGGAGAAUGUUUUUCUCAACAGACAUAACUGUUUUGGGGACAAAACGGUAUUGCACAGUUACCAGUUUCAUAUAUUAAUAAUAUUUGCUGACGAUUAAAUGUUUGGUAGACAAAUAGAUAUCGGUAAAUGUAAGCAAUGUCUUGACCCCAAUUAAACUCGGCGACCCCAAAAUGCCAUGUCCCCAAAAUGUUAACACUGGCGAUAACAACCAGGAAGAGAAUUUUGGAGGGUUUAGAUUUAUCAACGUAAUCGGACAAGAUAAAUACCCACCGCUUUAAAACGACGAAUCUUUUGGUAUAAUGUUAUCAGUGUUUGUAUGCAAGAGUAUGUAUAAUCACGUUGUAUUUGCCUACCUGUAAACAGAUGAAGGAAAUAAGAUUGUGUCAAUAUCUAUACAAGAGAAUUUAACUGAUGACCGGAAGAACAUAAUUUAAAAAGGAAAAUAACCCUAUAAACUAUACAGGAAUCCACGUAAAUUGUGUUUUUUAUGCCACUGUAUAUAGGCAACCUGUCCUUUCCAGCGAGUCCAGUUUCUAUGUAAAUUAAAGCUUCUCGACCACAGUUUGGGUGAAAUUGUUCAACAUGUUCAUUUCCACCAAGUUUGGCAUAGAAUGCAUAUAUGACACUGGAAAAUGAUAAAGUGGAUGGAAAUAAAAGUUAAAUAUAAGUAAAAAUGCAAGAAGAGUGUAAGUUUCUGCCUUAUUUCAAAAGCGUUGCAACGGUUUACUAUCUUCUGCGUAUUUAUUUUAAGUUAUUAAUCAUGGGAUAUCUUGAAAAAUCCUAUGUCAAUAAGUUUGUACCAUUGGGCACUUUCGGAGUACUCGCUUUUUAUGGAUUUUUGAGAGAAAUUAUUUUUUACCUAUAUUGUAUGGGUUAGUCCCUUUAAGACCCGCUUGAUGAUUAAUUUAUCAUGUACAUCUUGCAAUUUUCAGUCAUCCCCUGCCCUGUGGAGACAUCUAAGUCAACAAGAGAGAGGGACAACUUCCAGUCUAAUAUGCAGCUUGGCUUUGCCGUACCUAGACUCAGUGUUAUAACUUUGUCGGGCCCUAUGAGAUCAUGCGCUGGAAGGGGUGGGAUGCACAAUAUAUGCGGUGCACUUUUCAUUACAUCUCGUGAACAGACUAGGUCAAAUCGAGAUUGAUAUUUCGUUAGAAUACUUCUAAUUGAUCUUAUAAUACAUUUAUUUAACAUGUCACUGAAUAUAUGAACGCAGUUGUCUUUGAAUACAGUGGCAGGAUUCCUAAAAGAAAGUACGACAUCCAAAGAAAUGCAGGUCAAACAUAUAAGUGGUGGGUAAGCCCCAGAUACAGUGAUAAGGCUUGCAAUACAUUAUAAAUGUUAUUCAAAGCACUAAAGGAAGAGAAACAAGUAGAUGUAAUCUUUUCCUUACUGAAAAGAGCGACAUAUGCCUUUUUACAAAUUUUAUUACUUAUAAUUUAUUACAACAGUUGUCUUUAAAUGCAUUUUGGCGGCCGUAGAAUAUACUUGCAUACUUCUAUUUUCUGGUGCUGCGGGUUCAUGGACUCCAUUCAGUAUAUAUAUCUAUAUUGUAGAGAUACAAGUCGUUUUGUGCUUCCAAAAAGAAGAUCCUUAAAAUUUCACAGGUUUUACAAUUUUAGUUCAUGAAGUCCCGCAACGACUUAGUUGCUCUAGUGUUACACCAGUCCCUACGUUUGGAACCAAGGGCGAUAAAAAUGUCAAUGCAGAAACAACCUGCUGGAGUUACUUCCCUUGUUAAUGAAGAAAAAUAUGACGGAACAAACAUCGGGACGGGAGUCAGAUUUACGUCCAACAGAGAACACUGUUGUUUUUCUUUUCUUUUUUUUUUUUUUUUUUUUUUUUGUUUUGUCUGUAAAACUAUUUUUAAAGUUUGAAAUAUAAAAUUGCUCAUUUUACGACUUGAUCCGUUUUGGAAAGUCACAUAAAUACAUUAAAAUGUUAAGAAUUUACAAACAAGUGAAAUACGUUAAUAGCAGACAAAAUGACGUCCUUUUCAUGUCCUAUGAAAAUAAGGGUAUGUAACAUUUGUGUGGUAAUGAACCUUAAUUUUAUUCCUGUUAUAAAAAUAUCAAAAUCUACA